CAAACUGUCAGACUGGUUGCCGCCAGUGUGAAGUUUGUCCCGUGUAGAGUGGUGUGUGUAACAUUUGUAUGAAUUCAAGAUGGCAUCCGCGGAACAGGUUGGCUUGAACAAAACUUGGGAAUUGUCGCUUUACGAAUUGCAUCGCACGCCGCAGGAUGCGAUCACGGACAACACGGAGAUCGCGGUCAGUCCGCGAUCUCUGCACAGCGAGCUUAUGUGUCCCAUUUGCUUAGAUAUGUUGAAAAAAACUAUGACCACCAAGGAGUGCCUGCACCGCUUCUGCUCGGAUUGUAUUAUCACGGCUUUACGAAGUGGCAAUAAAGAGUGUCCUACGUGCAGAAAAAAGUUGGUUUCAAAACGAUCUCUCAGACCGGAUCCGAACUUUGAUUUGCUUAUCUCGAAGAUCUAUCCAAGCAGAGACGAGUACGAGGCGCACCAGGAACGAGUUUUGGCUAAACUGAACAAAUCACAUUCGCAAGCGGCACUUGUCAACUCUAUCACGGAGGGCAUUAAGUUACAAAGUCAGAAUCGUCCACAACGUUCGAGAAAGAAUGCCAAUGAAUCAGAAAACACAAGCAACUCGUCUUACAACAACACACCAAACGUUAGCACACCCACUACACCAAAUCCAUCUACAAAUGUAGCAAAUCAAAGUGAUUCUUCGCAAAGCACAACAGGACCUCUAAAUAGUGGAGGAACGACAUCUCGAAAUUCAACCACACCAUCUCCAAACCCUGCAAAUCAAAUUCAGAAACCCCCAAAACGACAAAAAAGCCUUCAAAAUUCUGAAAACGACUCGUCCAGUGCUGAAGCCGAGACCGGCGGUGGCGAUUCAAUGGUUGAUACAGAGGGCGAAGGACCUAGCGAGCCUCUGAUGCUCAAUGAAAUUGAACUCGUCUUUAAACCACAUCCUACAGAAAUGGCUGGAGAUAAUUCUUUGAUAAAAGCGUUGAAAGAAAAUAGUAUUCGUUAUAUAAAAACAACAGCAAAUGCAACAGUGGACCAUUUAAGUAAAUAUUUGGCAAUGCGUUUGACGUUGGAUCUGGACACCGAAUUAUCCGAAUCAGACAGGCUAUUAAACUUCUGCAUUUACAUUGCACCCUCGCCCGGACAGCUCGUAGUACUAAGCGGUUCGCAAACACUGCGACAAGUAAAUGACAAAUUUUGGCGAGUCAAUCGACCCUUGGAAAUGUAUUACUCGUGGAAGAAGACCUAGGGAAGGCCUCGAAAAUAUCAAUCAGAUGGGAGCUAGUCGCGCUAUACUCUGAAGAAAAGAAUACAUGCGAAGUACAGUAGAAAUGCAUGAAGUAUGAAAGACACAUAUCAUCGAAUGUAUUUUCGCGCUGUAUUUCCAUGUUGAUUUUGAAUCUGAUUCACGUGUAUAGGAAACAUCUUUCGUACUCAUCGACAAUGGUACAAUUUAUGUCUUCACAACGGCAACAGGUUGUCAAGCAGUUUGUUUUUUUGUUAAUCAAUCUUCAUUGAGGCAACUAAAAUCAUAAAAACUCGGAAUUUAAACGACAUUUUUAACUUAAGAAAGUUAUUUAAAAUACGCGUAUUGUGCAGAAAAGGAUUCAUCUGCAAAAAAACAAACUAAUCUAAAUUGGUAAAAACAAAGAAGUAAUUGGCUCGUGACAUGUCGCUUAAACUCGAGGCUCGAGACAUAUUCGACUAUCGAUUUAUUUAAAAUCAACAAAAGUAUGUAUAAAAUUCACGUUUAUAGUCCAAUUACAAGUACGCUAUUUCACACCAUGA